CAGGAAGUCGAGAUCAAAAUGACGAGACGCUGCUCGCCGCCGCUGGCUCCUCUUGCCCUGCUUCUCCUCCUCUGCUUCUCCUACGGCGCGGCGGCCGCUCGCCCCCUCCCCGCCAACACUGCUCCUCACCAAGGUAUCGCUGUGGCGAGAGCAAAGGCGGCAGAUGCUGCAACAACGGACGGCCUAGUGUCGCUCAAGGAGGAAGGUGGCAAGGCCCGCAAUGGCGGCGAGGCGGUGUCACCACCUGAGGCGACGGCGGAGGGGAUGGAGGUGGAGGCGGAGGAGGAGGCGUGCGAGGAGGGGAACGAGGGGGAGGAGUGCAUGCAGAGGAGGCUGCUCCACGACGCGCACCUGGACUACAUCUACACGCAGCACAAGGGCAGGCCAUGAGCGUGGCAUGGGCUAGCUCUUCCGUCGAGGUCGAGUAGAUGAUGCUGGGCAUUAAGUUGACACAAGGAAUCAUCUGACGACGAUCAUGGUGAUUUUAAUCAUAUCUUAUCGAUCUACCUGCUGCUGUUUUGGCUACAUCCACCGUGCCGUGGCCCGUCCAUCUAUGCGUAUGUGGGUCUGCCACAUCGUCCUUUGUACAUCGAUCCAUCCAUCGCUCGCUCGCUCGCUAAUAGUCUAAUACUAGUAUACUACUGUAGUUCUGUACUCCGUCUUCUUCUUCAAGUAUGUUUGUUGCUGGCUUGCCACAUACAGUAGCUCCUAGCACUGUUGGGACUUCCAUGUGGAUGUGGUGGUAAGCUGACGGUGAUCUAGCUCUAGCUUGCUAGCAGCAGCAUGCAACGCAAGGCUGGUUUAGUUCCUGACUAGUUUAGGAUUGGUUAGUAGACUACUUUAUUAGCCUUGAUGAUUGAUUGGCAUGGCAUGGCAUGAUGUGAAGCUGUGAACGAGUGAACAAGAGCGUAUCCGUACUUCUGUUGUUUAAAAGAGUAGUAGUACUUGUGUCUGAGAUGCA